ACAGCUCACCCUUCCGGUGCGGGCACAAGGAAUGUUCCAAGUAAAUGGGCCAGAAGACGUUUAAUGAAUCUGUCAAGAGCUCAAGUUAAAUAAAAUGAAAAGGCCAAAUACGUGCGGAAACGCCUAUGCAAGUGAACAAUAAUUCUGAAUCCCCAAUCCACAACGCACGGCGAUUUUUCGUUUGACUGGAACAACCAAAAAAAUCAGAGCGUUGGUAUUUAACAGGACUAUUCAUUUUCAUUUCUUGCACUCAAUGCCAACCUCUUCUUCUCUUGUUCAUUCCGCUGCGGGACUCGAGACUCAAUCUCAUGUCACCCCUGAGCUGAGCCUGAUCGGAUCUCCUGCGAAAUAGUCUGGCUGUCCUUUGAUACGUACAAAUCAAAUACAUGAGCGUCGCAUGUAUGUUGCUGUUCCAAUUGCUCAUGAGAGGAGGACAUCCCUUUAAAUAUGGCUUCACUGACAAGGUACAAGACCAUGUCUUAUUCUUGAUUUCAGGUUCAUUUGUUCACUGAGAUGUGGAUGAGAGCUAUCUGGAAAGACAUGUGAUCUGGACAUUAAUUUAAGAAUGCAGUAACUGGGCGGUGCUGUGUAGCAUGAGCAAAGGUAUCAGUGCACUGUUUAGGCAAAUGGGAUUUCUAAUGGCUGGCAAUAUGCGCAGUGGAGGAUUAAAGCAAUCAAAUGAAACUCUGAGGCUUGUUAUGACGGCUAUUUUCGGAAUGGCAUUAGGAUUUGUUAUCGGUGUUUCUUUGCCACAGGUUUCUUUUUCAAAGUUUGAUUUUCCAUCUAGGCUGAUGAUGACUAAUUCCAUUAAUCUUGAAUCUGAAGACGAAAGUACGUCAGGCUCAGCUACACAGGUUAUGUUGCACUCUGCACAUGCAUCACAGCAAAAAUCAAAUAUCAGUGGUGCCCAAGCUACUCCUAGAUCAAAAAAUAGUACUGAGAUAUAUGUACCAACAAAUCCUCGUGGUGCGGAGAGAUUGGCUCCUGGCAUUGUUGUUUCUGAGACAGAUUUUUAUCUCCGCAGACUGUGGGGUAAGCCCAGUGAGGAUUUAGAAAUUAAACAACAAUAUCUUGCAGUUUUCACUGUUGGUUUUUCUCAGAAGGACAUUGUUAAUGCUGCUAUAGCUAAGUUUUCAGAAAAUUUUACAAUUGUUCUAUUCCACUAUGACGGGAGGACAAAUGAAUGGGAUGAAUUUGAGUGGUCAAGACAAGCAAUUCAUGUUAGUGUGCAUAAACAAACAAAAUGGUGGUAUGCUAAGCGAUUUCUUCAUCCAGAUGUGGUGGCAACUUAUGAAUACAUAUUUAUCUGGGAUGAAGACCUUGGUGUUGAGCACUUCAAUGCAGAGGAAUACCUAAAACUUGUGAGAAAGUAUGGAUUGGAGAUAUCGCAACCUGCUUUGGAGCCAAACAGUGGUCUAACAUGGCAAAUGACAAAAAAACAGGGUGAUGUGGAAGUGCACAAGAAUACAACAGAGAGACCUGGUUGGUGUCAUGAUCCAAAGCUACCACCGUGCGCUGGGUUUGUUGAGAUAAUGGCUCCUGUAUUUUCUCGAGAGGCAUGGCGCUGUGUUUGGCAUAUGCUUCAGAAUGAUUUAGUUCAUGGAUGGGGUUUAGACCUUGCAUUACGACGAUGUGUAGAGCCUGCACAUGAGAAGAUUGGAGUCGUCGAUGCACAAUGGAUUUUACACAAAGUUGUACCAUCACUGGGAAAUCAGGGCCAAGCUGAGGAGGGGAAGGCAGCUUGGCAGGGGGUCAGAGAAAGAUGUAAAGAAGAGUGGCACACAUUUAAUGCACGGUUAGAUAAAGCUGAAAAGGAGUAUCUACAAGGAAAUUCUUAGUUUGUUCUGCAAAUCACUUGUCUACAUUUAGUAGAUUUUCUCAACUUGUUUACACAUCACAAUAAAGCAUUGUGGUUACCCGAUUCUUUUGAAGCCUCCAAGCUUGUAGUUUUCACCAAACAAGCUCUAGGGCUUUGUAUUUAUUCUUAGGGUCGGUUUCUAUAACUUGGCAUUUUGAGGGCAUUUAUAAUUUUCAACAUUUAGUCCAAUAUUCCAAGUUUUUGACAGAAUAUUUGUAUUUUAUUAUUCUACCUGAAAAUACAUUUUUGUUUCUCCUUGUAA